AUGGAAGUCAAAGCUAGAGAUAUUAGAGAUAGUAUUAAAAAACUUGAUAUUAGUGAAUUAGGAUUACAAGGAGAAUUAAACUUAGAGGGUUUUACUAAUUUAAAGAGUUUAGAUUGUAGUGGUAAUGAAUUAACUAAUUUAGGUUUAAAUGAUUAUGGGAAGUUAGAAUAUUUAGAUGCUUCUAAUAAUCAAAUAGAAGAACCUGAUUUUUUAGAAGGAAGCAAAUUAGAAACUAUUAUCCUUAAUCAUAAUAAACUAACUUACUUUGAUAAUUAUCCUUCUUUAAAUGAUUCUUUAAAAUUUCUUUCUUUGACAGCUAACAAAUUAGGUAAUAAAAUACCUGGUUAUGAUGAUUGUGUGAGUUAUUUAGAUGUAAGUGGCUACAAAGAGUUAGAAUAUUUAAAUUAUGUUAUUGAUAGAAUAAGAGAAAUAGAUUUAUCUAAUAAUUUAAAGUUAAAUCAAUUAAUUUGUUACAACAAUAUCUUAAAAGAAUUAGAGGUUAGUCAUUUAAACAAAUUAGAAUAUUUAUUUUGUCAAGAUAAUGACUUUUUAAAUUUUUCUGGUUAUGAUAGUUUAGAAAUUUUAGAUUGUGCUGAAAACUCACUUGAAGAACUAGAUCUUAGCAAUCUUCAAAAUCUGAUAUUUAUAUCUGCUAAAGAAAAUCAGUUAAGAGAAAUAAACACUGAUUCAUCAAAGAUAACUUAUUUGGAUAUUUCUAAACAGUUUAUUGAUAAGGUAGCAGAUAUUGAAAGCAGAGAUUUUUAUUAUCUAGAAUGUUAUUUUGAAAAGUUUCCUAAACUUGAAUUAGUAUUUAAUAAAAAUGAAACUAUUGAUAUUUUUGCUCUUCGUAAUACUAAAAAAGUUAUACAAAUUCUUAAUAAUCCUGAUAAUUAUUCCUUAGAUAAUUUACUUAAAAUAGGAAACAAAGACUUAGAUGAAGUAUCAACUAAUUUAAGACAGAAAUUAAUUCUAGUAAUCAAAAAGAAACUAAUAGAUUAA